CCAAAAGCCAAGUUGCUAAAACACAAAAAUUUGUUCUUUAUUUGAAACCCCAUAGAGAAAGUUGCAUUUGCGAAAAAAAUCUAUCGGACAAAUAACUAGAAAUGGAAUCAAAAAGCAACGACGGUGACGGCGUUCCUUUACUACCAACAACUCCUGGCCCUGGCGAAGAGGUUCCUUCCCAACGACGAAGAGCAAUUGCAGUUGUGCUAAUUGCAGUUCUAGCCUUCCUGGAAGGUGUUAGCAUGUCAUUACCUGGCCCAUUCUUCCCACCCGAGGCCAAAAAUCAUGGACUCACUCAAUCUGAGAUUGGAGUUGUGGCCGGAUCCCUUGACGUCGCAAAUCUAUGUUUUUCCUUCGUUAUUGGGAGCCUUAUCUCGCCUUCCAACAAAAAAGCUGUGUUACUCACCGGAACAAUUAUUUCCUCUGCAGCUCUUUCGUUGUUCGGUCUCGUGGACUAUGCUCAAGACGAAAGAAUUUAUUUCGUUCUUUGCAUUUUGACUCGGAUUCUUAACGGAAUUGGUGUUUCGAUGGUGUUUACAAUGAUGAUUCUCAUUUCGAGUACAUGCUUCCCUCAAAAAGUAGCCCUUAUGAACUCUUUCAUUCAUACUGUAUUCGGAGUGGGAAUGUUUUUGGGGCCGGUUUUCGGAAGUAUAUUAAUACCAGUUGGGGGUUACGUAACACCUUUUGUAUCUAUAGGUUUGAUAGAGACAGUGUUUUCUUUCCUGGGGAUGAUUAUAAUCCCUGUAUUUCCAGCAAGCAAAAAAACGGCGAACGACUUCAAAACUAAAGAGUAUUUGAUGUUUCUAGUUAGUUUUCCAGCGCUCAGCGUGUUUGUACCAACUAUUGUUGUUACAUUAAUGUCUGGAUUUCGGGACUCGGCUUAUGCGCUGCAUUACCACGAAGUGACUGGACUCGCCUAUCAGAAAAUUGGCCUUUUAUUUGUGGUAAACGCAUUAGCAGCAACUAUUACACUAUCUGUAGUCGGAGUUUUAACUCAAAAAGGAUUCGGGCCAAGUAUAAUGAUAAUAGCCCAAUGUUUGACCCCCUUGACAACAUUCGCAAUGUUUCUACCAUACAUAUUGCCCGAAAUAGAAACAAAAGGCUGGGCAAUUUUGACUCUUGCAACGAAUGGAGUUUCAGUUGACGCGGCGAUUAACCCUUCAUAUCUGCUACUUCAAAAAGCAGCUAUCAAAAACGGAGUGCAGAAUAUUGACCAAGUUAGAAAGUAUUCAUCGUCUUGUUUCAUGAUUAUUUUAUCCAUGGGACGGAUUUUGGGUGCUGCGCUUAUUGGGGGAUACUUGAACGAGUUAGUUGGGUUUUAUUUCACGUCGCUGAUUUACACUUCGGUUGCCAUGGUAACAGUCACGUGGCAUAUUGUGUUUCUAGUGAGAUCAGGACUUAUUGGCAAAGUGUAUUUUGAUACAGAUGUAGAUAAUGACGAACCUGCAAGUGAUAAUUUAGAUGCAUUAAAUUGA